AUGGCCGCCGCCUGCCGCAUCGGAGCCCGGCUCCAGCCCGGACGCCGCCUUCUUGUCGGGGCCCCGCUGCUUCGUGUCGCCCUCUACCUCCUGUGCUGGGCGCUGGCGGCUGUGGGCGCCGUCCCGGAGCCUGGGCUAUGGGCAGCGACGGUCAACGACAAAUCAGGACCUUUGAUAUUUAGAAAAACUAUGUUUAACUCUACUGAAAUCAGGUUUUCUGUUAAGUCAUUCAGUUGUUCUGGGCCUGUGAAGUUUGCCAUAGAGUGGCAUUUGAAGCAUUAUACCUGUCAAAAUGAAUAUUCUAAGCUGGAGGAGGAGCUAUCACAAAAACAGGAUCCUAGUGUUGAUGAAGACUUUUGUGGCCAUUAUUUCAAGAACAUUGAAUGUUGGACAACAAAAUAUGAAAACUUAGACUGCAACAGUGACUUGCAGGUGUUUCCCUCACUGACUAAUAAGGAACUAAUUACAAAUACCAGAAAUCUUUCAAACCAGGAAAGAUCAACAGAUGUUGUAGCGAGAACACAGAGAGAUGGGUUUCAUAUCUUUAUUGUUUCUAUCAAAACGGAAAAAACAGAUGCAAGAUGGAAUUUGAAUGUUUCUCUUUCUAUGAUUGGGCCUCAUGGAUAUAUUUCUGCAUCAGAUUGGCCUCUGAUGAUUUUUUACAUGGUGAUGUGUAUCGUUUAUAUUUUAUAUGGCGUACUCUGGCUGAUGUGGUCUGCCUGUUAUUGGAAAGAUAUAUUAAGAAUUCAGUUCUGGAUCGCAGCUGUUAUUUUCCUGGGAAUGCUUGAAAAAGCAGUUUUUUAUUCUGAAUAUCAAAACAUCAGCAGCACUGGGCUAUCAACCCAAGGUUUAUUGAUAUUUGCAGAGUUGAUAUCUGCAGUUAAAAGGACAUUGGCUCGCCUCCUCGUGAUCAUUGUGAGUCUGGGCUACGGCAUUGUGAAGCCCCGUUUAGGAACAGUCAUGCACCGGGUGGUCGGACUGGGGAUUCUUUACUUUAUCUUCGCAGCUAUUGAAGGCGUGAUGCGAGUUAUUGGGGGUUCUAACCAUUUAGCUGUUCUUUUUGGUGACAUUAUUUUGGCAGUUAUUGACUCCAUUUUUGUAUGGUUCAUAUUUAUAAGUUUGGCACAAACUAUGAAGACUCUAAGACUAAGAAAGAACACAGUGAAAUUUUCUUUAUACAGGCACUUUACAAAUACUCUGAUCUUUGCCGUACUGGCUUCUAUAGUGUUUAUGGUGUGGACGACCAAGACAUUUAGAAUUGCAAAAUGUCAAUCAGAUUGGAUGGAACGCUGGGUUGAUGAUGCGUUUUGGAGCUUCCUUUUUUCACUUAUCCUUAUUGUAAUAAUGUUUUUGUGGAGACCGUCAGCAAACAAUCAGAGAUAUGCCUUCAUGCCGUUAAUCGAUGAUUCUGAUGAUGAAAUUGAAGAAUUUAUGGUACCAUCUGAAAACUUAACUGAAGGAAUAAAAUUAAGAGUCUCAAAAACGGUUUCCAACGGAACAGCUAAACCUGCUACUUCUGAUAAUUUUGAUGAAGAUUUGAAGUGGGUAGAAGAAAAUAUUCCCUCCUCAUUCACAGAUGUGGCUCUUCCAGUGUUAGUGGAUUCAGACGAGGAAAUCAUGACCAGAUCUGAAAUGGCAGAAAAAAUGUUCUCGUCAGAAAAGAUAAUGUGAUUGAAACCCAUAGAAGUGACACCUAGUUAACGGUGAAGGCCUUCCUCAAGACUGAAAGCGGGCUUUGUUUUGAUGGAGUGCAACAAGAUUUCAUUGCAUUAUCUUGGACAUCUGUGUAUUACAACUAAGAAUUCAGGUGGUAUGAGGGUUCUACGACCAUUUUAAGCUGCUCUGGAAUGUCGGCUUCAUGUCCAUCAAAUUGCCUGGAUUUGGAAAUAAUGUAAGAAAAGUAUUAUGAUUAAAAAAAUAUGCCCAAAUCCCCUUAGCUGAGCGGUUAAUAGGGACGUGGAUUUGGGUUUUCUCUUUUCUCUGGAAAAUAUGAUGAUUCCAGACUUAAAAAUAUUUUUUACAUAAACACUCCUACUGUCACUAACCUUUGAGGUAGAUGAUGUGACUCUUCUGUAGUAAAGCAGCAUCUCCAUCUCUUGGGUGUAUAGUUACUAGAUGCAAUAAUAAUUUUCUUUGACUUUUAUACUGAAGUGAUUUGAAAUUAAGUACAAUUUGGUUAGCCUUAGAACAUGAGCAUGUUUAUAUGGUUAGCUUUGGUGUGUGUGUGUACAUAUACAUACGGGUCCACACAAAGUCCUUGUUUGUGAAUAUCACCAUGCACACCAAAUCAGAGUUGGGUCCUCUCUGAGCUCAGGGGAACACAAGUACACAGGAAAGAGGUCUUGAUCACUUCCAAGGAUUUGCUCUGUCAUUGUCCCCUCAGGCCAUAUGUGCACGUGCUGCUGCGGAAUCUGUCUGGGGCAGGUGCUAGACAUGUGGCCAUAUUGCAGUUCCUCUCUGGCAAGCUGGGGGGCUCACUACCAGUGACCCUUGUAGAUGCUAGAACACCCUUUACAUAAUCUUGGUUUAUUCGGUUUCAUAAUGAAACAUGUAUUUACCUGCACAGUAUGUCACUAUUAAUCUUGUAAUAAUUCCUUAACCUUUAAUCAUGUUUUACAGAUCACUUUGUUACAUUAUGUAUGUAAUACAUGAUUUGAGAAUUUUUUGUUUUAAUAUUUUUUUAAGUGCAGAACAUUCUAAACUUGAAAAGUAGUUGAAUGUAGAAUGUUGGAAAUGUGAAUGUUUUGCUGCUUUCAUGACCAAAGAUACAGGGCUAGUGGACAUUUAGAAUAGGAAUAAAAGUUAGAAUCUUGUAGCUCUUUUUUGAAUUGAGAAUGACUUCAGAGAAUUUUGAUUGAGAAGCAUUUAAAGUCUUAACCAGUACAAACAUUUAAGUAUAACUGUUAAUUUAUUUUCAUUGUGAAGCUACAAAACAGAAGUUUUUCUUCCAAACCUGCCUUUUCGAUUUAUUUCUCAUUUACUCAUGUAAUAGGAGUUAGCAAAAAAAAAAAAAU